UAAAUUUUCACUGAAAACACAGAAUUGACAAUUACGUCGACGCUGCUCGAAUUCCGUUUACGGUGAAGAAAUUUGGAGAUCGCAUUUACGGCGACGCGGACGGUCGAUGAACAGCAUUUUAUCCGCCCUCGGCGAGGCCGCACUGCCGAGAUAAAUAAAUCCCUCCGCGUUUUACACGGGCUGGUAUGAAUUUUCCUCGCGGUUUUAUAAUCGAUAAGAACCUACGGAGGGGGAUACGCGUCGAGACCCGAAGCGAACAGCUGAUUGCUGACAAUGAGUCAGAAACACGGACUUAACACUGUCGGAAAGAUCGAAGCGAAUAACGGACCGCGAGGCGAGCGACAUCUGUCCAAAAGGUUUCGGGUCUAACUUCAGGCUGUUUGUCGUUCGACGAGACACGAGUGCCAACGAGUUCGGAAAGUAAACAAAAGCGGAAAUGGAAGGAAGAACGUCGACGUUGGCAGAGCCGUGAGCCCGAGACGACCGGCGGCUGUACUCCUGAUCCUGGGUAUCGGAGCGGUGCUGUUGAUAUAUUAUAUCCAUUACGCGAAAGUCGAGAUGACUGCGAAGCAGCUCGUCGGUCUAGACUUUGAAGUAUUCGGGAGAGUUCAGGGUGUCUUCUUCCGAAAGUACACUCAAGAAAAGGGUAGGCAAUUGGGUCUCAAGGGAUGGUGCAGAAAUACGGACCGAGGGACCGUCGUCGGUUACGUGGAAGGAGAUAAGGGAAAAGUAGAAGACAUGAAACGGUGGCUGCAGUACACAGGGAGUCCACAGUCACAGAUCGAAAAAGCUGAAUUCCGCAGCGAGAAAGAAAUCACGGAAACUCAAUUCAGCGACUUCAAAAUUAAGAAAUGAGUCACAUACUGCGAACCGCAUGCAUUAUACCUACAUCUAGUUGCUGAAAUUAUUUAACGCCAUCUGAAAUGCGUGAAUCAGUCUAAAACGACAUUCGCAAAAUCACAUGUAGCUUUUUGUCACUGUGUGUAAAUAAAUUAUAAGAUUUACAAUGA